ACGCAGACAAACGGAGGAAGAGAGAGAAAUUAACAUACAGAGAAGGAGAGAAAGAGAGAAAGCAGGAAUAGACGAAAAUGGAAAUGUAGGCCUAUGAACCGUAUCAAUGAAUAUUCACAAAUAAAUAUUAAAAUGAGUUUUCCUUCAUCGACAUUAGGUAAAAUCUGCAUUUUAGAAGACGAAGAACAAGCAAGAGACUCAAAAAGAAGGAAGGAUAAAAAAAAACACCAAAGAUUUCAUGGGAAUUUUAGGCGCAAAAGCAGACACGUGAUUAGCAUUCACAACUCCACGAAAAACCCGAAAAAAAAUCGAAUGAAUAAAAUACAACCCGAUCUAAGCUCACCCUCAGGAACGAUCGUUCUUAAAAAAAAAACAAAAAAACUCAUCUUUAACUCUCUUUUGAGCUUUUUUAAACCGACUUGACUUUUCGAUCUUUUUCAUUCAUUGAUUUUCCUCCAAAUUCCGAACUCGAACGCGCGUCGGAGGGAAGGCGGACGCUCUUCUCUUCUGUUUUCUCCCUCUUCCCUCGUUUAUCGGGCCUCCUCUUCGCCGGCGCGGGAGGAGCUCUUCUCUUCUGUUUUCUCCCUCUUCCCUCGUUUAUCGGGCCUCCUCUUCGCCGGCGCGGGAGGAGCGACGCGCGCAGAGGUAUCGCCAGCCACCGGAAGACAGGAUGGAAUUGAGGAUCCUUGUAGCACAGAUUGCAAACCGGCUGCUCUCUGGCUUCGUUCGUAGACUCAACAGCCUCUUGCAGCUCUUCCGGAUGCCACGCCCCCAGGAGCCGGACACGCCCACUUCGAGUAGCGACCUGGUCCUCUGCCCCACGGACGAAGUCAUGGUGACCCUUCUCAUCACCCUCGUCAGCGGCGAUGUGCAUUCCUUCCUGAACCUGGUGCAGGAGGGCAGGCUGAUCAUAUGCGACGAGCGGGACUGGAGGGUCGUCGCCAAAGUCAACCCGUUGCAUCACGACGGAAGUGCCACUCCGGCGCGUGGGGAGCCCAGCCGCGCUCCGGCGUCACGAGGCCCUACCAUGCCUUUAGGGCGCGACGUCCCUCCAGCGCAGACUGUUGACGCUCUGUCAGCACAAGACGCUGGGCUUACGUCGGGCUGCGCUGCUGACUCCGCCUCAGGUCAGGUUGCUGACAUUUCCUCCGAGUCACCAUCAGGGCAACUUCCGUCGAGACAGGCAAGCGACUUCCUACCAGAAUGUCCUUCUGUCCUGUCAGACGGGGCCGACGUCCCUUCAGGGAAUGCUGGCAUCUCACUCGAGCAAGAUGCUGAUGCCUCCCCCGGGGAUGAUGCUGACAUCCCGUUAGGUCAGAAUGCUGACAUCCCAGCAGGAGAAAGUGAUGUGCCAUCCGCAGGAGAGCCAGAGCAUGAUCCCGAUGUCCCUCCAAGUAAUCCUUAGACUCGAGGUCCUUUAUUUUGACGUGAAAAGGAUUCACGUGCCGUGGCCCUAGUGACUGUUCAGUUGUAAUCACAAACCAUAGGUUCUUCUGUUAGAUAAAAGGGAAAACGCGAAUUCAGUAUUAAACACAUGGAAGACGAAAGGAGAAGGAGAGGAAAAAGAACAAAAGAAGGAAGGCAGAGGCAGAAGUAAGGAGAGAUGGCGGAAGAAGAGAGGAGGAGGAAGAGGAGACGAAGGAAAAGGAGACGAAGAAGAAGGUGCAAGGUUUCAUAAGCCAAUAAGCGUCUCGCGCCGCAUGAUAUACACGGGCGGAAGUAGAAUGUCAACAAAGCUGCUCUUUUGACGGGCACUUCAUGGCUGGGCCUCUGGCUAAUAUCACCAGCCUGGCUUUUUCUUGAGAACUUCUUCCCCUUUUUUUAUUUUUUCUGCUUUGACUUUCGCCGGAAAUAGAAUAUGUGACUGUCUAAGAGGAGUUUCUUUGGGAGGCCUUUCAUAAUGGCGUUAUCUUUUCUCCUUAUUAUUACGGAAUGAUUUACUGUUGUUACUUUACUGUAGGAAACAUCAUUUGUUAAAUGGUUUUGGUAUUAGCGCAGGAUUUAUUUUGUAGUUUGGUAAUGCUUCAUUUGUGUGCUAUGGCAUCAGUAGAUUUUUGUCAAGGUAUGUGUAAUAUAUACCUCAAUUUACAGUGUAAUAUCCGUUUUGACGUACUAUUGCAUCGUGCAUGAUCGGUUUAAAUGUAGAAUUAUCUAUGGCCUCAUAUUUAUAUUCACUAGUGUGCCUUCAAUAAAUGAUGUGAUUACAA